GUCACGUGACCGCCACCUCCCUAUAAAAAUACGGAGGGGCGUAGAGAGCAUUUGACAGACAGGAAGCCAGCGCAUAAAAAAACUCGAACCUAAACAAGGUUCGACCAUUUUCGCUUCUGUCCUGAAGUGGAAACAGAGGCCUCUCAUCAGAACAGCCCUCCACGCAGACAAGCGCUUUACAAACGAAUUUAUCCAUGCGAGCAGCCAUGAUGAUGCGACCUCUGACCUCCCUCUGGCUUUUGGCGGUGGUGCUGAUGGAAUGGACGUGCUUUCAGGCCUCUGCUGACGACAGCAUCCUCUGUGACACAGCUCCCAACGAGGACCUGUGUUCUCAAAGACUAGCUCAGAAACGCUUUCUGAGAUUCGGGCGGGCGCUGACAGACGAUGCUUUCCUUCGGUUCGGACGCCAGUUCUACAGAAUAGGACGCAGUUACCCGUAUGAAGACAAACGCUUCCUUCGCUUCGGACGAUCUGGAGAAGAAGACAUGUCGGACUUGAUCCGAGCUGCCAUAGCUCGAGCCCAGGCUGAGGAGUCUUACCCUCUGUACCGCCGACGACGGUCAGCGGAAGUCCAAGCAGAUGGCGCUUCGGCAGAAGGACAAGAUGAAAGUCAGGCGGUUGCCAAGAGAGACGGCGAAGAAGCUUCUGGAAAGGUCGACAAUGACAAGCGCUUCAUGCGAUUCGGUCGAGUCAAGUCUGACAAGAGGUUCAUGAGGUUCGGACGAGGAGCCGAGAAACGCUUCAUGCGGUUCGGUCGCGACCAGCAAUGGGACGACGAUGUUGACAAGCGCUUCAUGCGGUUCGGUCGCGAGCCUGACGAAGAACUCAGCGACGACGACGAAUUUCAGGACGACAAAAGGUUCAUGAGGUUCGGACGCGACCCUGAGAAAAGAUUCAUGAGGUUCGGCCGCGAGCCUUCAGAAGAGGGCGACUACGCCGCGGACGAAGAGGACGAGAAGGACAAACGGUUCAUGCGGUUCGGUCGCGACGAGGAGAAGGACAAGAGGUUUAUGCGCUUCGGGAAGAGGUUCAUGCGCUUUGGUCGAGACGACAAACGGUUCAUGCGAUUUGGCCGCGAUGGAAUGGACGGCGAGGAGGGCACGUCCGAGGACAAGAGAUUCAUGCGGUUCGGCAAACGGUUCAUGCGAUUCGGCAAGCAAGACAAAGAGGAGCCUGCAAAGAGCACAAAGCCGGCCCCCUCCUCGUUGUGGUUAAAGCUGUCACAGUCAGAGACCAGGGAUUUUGCAAUGGUUGGGGACAUUGGAACGGUAGAGAAUCGAAGAGAAAAAGAGUUUCAUGAAUUGAAGAAGAAGAAGCAUGGACGUAACAAUGGCCGCGACUUGAGGUGGAACAACUUGAGCAAGCGUUACUUGCGGUUCGGCCGAAGCAAUGGCCUGCCUGUGCAGCGGUUUGGUCGAGGCUACGGUGACCCCAUCCUGCGAUUCGGCCGAGGCUACGGCGACCCCAUCCUGCGCUUCGGUCGCUCGUCAUACCCUUCUGAUGUCACCAAGCGAUCGGAGACGGAUGCAGAGAAGGGCGAAUACUACGAAAACAACGGUUACCUCCGCUUCGGUCGGUCCUUGCCUGAGGCCGCCAUGAUGGUGGGUCUGCUGGAAAGGAAGCGACGAGCGGUGAAUGGUGCUCCCUCCCUGACCAAAAGGGCUGCACCAGGAUCUGAAAGCGCUUUCGUCCGAUGGGGUCGAGUCCCAGGCAAGCACUCUCUAGCCGACGAGGCCGACGCCGAGCAGGGCGUCGACGACAUUGACCGCCUGGAAGAAGAGAAGCGUUACCUGAGGUUCGGCCGCGGCGACGCCCACAAACGUUACCUGCGCUUCGGACGAGCUCAGCAGGAGGGAUUCCUUCGUUUCGGAAAAAGUGCCUAAGCAGCCCAACAUCACAAAACGUGAAUGCAGUUACAGAAAGAAAAACAACCUCCUUAACCCUCCUUUCCCACUCCCACUGACCAAAAAAUAAAUAACAAACAGGAAACAUGAGCAAGACAACCGACUUCUGUCCUCGCAGACUGAACAUUUCUGGAGCAAAGAACCGAGCAUUUCCGAGAGUUUGUUCUGUGGUCAAUUAAAGACAGGCAAACAUGGGCGAACCCGCAUUUUUCUCUGAAGGCAUGUCCCUUGUGCUUUUCGCUGCUGUUGGCUUUUUUCAAGCAGACUUUGCCACUACAGGUUCAAUGUUUUGCUCAUUUUUGCUCGAGCGACAACUAUUUUACAGUUGACACAUUAUUUAUUAGUUGGAUGUUUUUCUUGAUGUGAGUGGUAAAGAGCAUCACAAGUAUUUAUGGUCAAACUGCUGAUAUACUUCACUAAAAUGUCAUGCUUGUGUUCUAUACACAAUUAUUUUACCCAGUCUAAAAUGCCUUUGUGGAAUACUGCUGACUAUUCUUACCAAAGGAAGAAUUUAAAACAUAUUUUAUAUUUGUGGAUGCCUUUUGUGGGUAUACUGCUGAUGUUUACUCCUCAAGUGAAAUAAAAAUUGUCUAAAGAUUGCUAAAAUUUACGGGGUUAGGAUUUUAACUUGUGCAGAAAUAUUUUGUGCGUUGUUCUUGUUGACAAGUGCAUGACUAAGAAAUACUGAGCUUUAUUGCCUCAAAGUGACUUUGAUAAACAUGUCUUAAACCAAGCUGCUGUAAUUUGUAACUUUAUGAAGAAACUUCAACCAGGAUGAUUUACUGUCCCUACUUUGGUGCUUAAUAUUUUAAAAGUAAACAUCAAUAGGAUGUAUUUUUUCUCCAUCUGAUGACAUACAGUAUAAAACCUGCGUACAAUACAUGCGUGUACUCUUGAACUAUAUAUAUAUUAUUUUUGCCGACAUUCUGUUACCUUGGCCUUAAGUUAAGCCUUCACUGAACAGCUGUUUAUUUCUUCCAUGUGACGACUGUUAUGUACAGUAUUGUGACUUUUUACUGUUGUGGUAAAAAAGCUAAUAAAGCCUCGGAAAUACA